AUGCUGGUUAAAGAUACGCUAAAAUGGAUCGUUUCUAUUGAAGAAUGGCUUGAACACGCAUCAAAUCUUCAUAUUAACAUUGUUAUAAUCCUUUCUCCCGUUUUCUCACUUCCAUACUCUCCCUCUCCCUCUCCCCUCCCUCUCCCUCUCUCCUCUCCUCUCCCUUCUCAUUCUCUCUCUCUCCCUCUCCCCCCUCUCUUCAUUUCUCCCCUCUCUCCAUUUCCUCUCUCCACUUCUCCCCCUCUCCCCUCCCUCUCCCCUCUCUCUCUCUUCUCUCCCUCUUUCGCUUCCACUAUCUCCUCUCUCCCCCCUCUCUCUCUCCUCUGUCCCUCUCUCUCCCAUCUCUCCCCUCUCUCCAUUUCUCCCCUCUCUCUUCCCCCUCCUCUCUCCUCUCCUUUCUCAUUCUCUCUCUCCCAUUUCUCCAUUUCUCCUCUCUCUCCCCCUCCCUCUCCCCUCUCUCCCUUCUCUCCCUCUUUCGCUUCCCCUAUCUCCUCUCUCUCCCUUCUCUCUCUCCUCUGUCCCUCUCUCUCCCUCUCCCAUCUCUCCAUUUCUCCCCUCUCUCCAUUUCUCCCCUCUCUCUCCCCUCCUCCCUCUCUCCCUUCUCUCCCUCUUUCGCUUCCACUAUCUCCUCUCUCUCCACUUCUCUCUCUCCUCUGUCCCUCUCUCUCCCCUCUCCCAUCUCCCCCUCUCUCCAUUUCUCCCCUCUCUCUUCCUCCUCCCUCUCCUCUCUCCUCUCCCUUUCUCAUUUCUCUCUCUCCCAUCUCUCCCCCUCUCCAUUUCUCCCCUCUCUCACCCGUCCCCUCUCACCCUCCCUCUCUCCCUCUUUCCUUCCCUAUCUCCUCUCCCCUCCUCUCUCUCCUCUGUGUCCCCUCUCUCCCAUCUCCCCUCUUCCAUUUCCCCUCUCUUCCCCUCUCCCCCUCUCCCUCUCCCCUCUCUUCCCCUAUCUCCCCUCUAUAUAUCUCUCCCCUCUUCCUCCCUCCCUCUCUCCCCUCUCUCUAUCCCUUCUAUCUCCCCCUCUCUCUCUCUCUCUCUCUCUCUCAGCCUCCCUGA